UGGGUCUCUAUUAUGAAGAAUUAUAAAAGGUCGCGAUAUACAGAGAGACCAAGCUGGUGGCCGCGGGCCGUCACAUACGCGCCUGCCAGCAAGUUGAAUUGCCUUCAGAUCAAAGAAGUUCUCUUCUAUAUGUUCUACGGAGAAUACGGUCCUGCCCCAGUUCGAGAAUUUUAUAACGCCUCGAUGACCUUAAACAAGAUGGAAGAAAGAGACCGGGAGACUCUCAAAUGGUCUUUUUUAAUUCGAAGAGUAUUCAAGGCAAAUAGAGAGCUACCUGGGUACCCGUCGGCUGAGAGCUCUUACUGA